AUGUCUCAGUACGCUCUCCGCCGCACGCAGACAGACAAUCACUACGGGUUUCCUCAACGCGAAACAUCCAUAACCUCGACGGCGUCAUCCGCCUACUCUGCCGUAUCGAGCGCCUACCUACCAAGCCGCACGAGCACAGUGACUUCCACUAGCUCCAGUAUCUAUUCGAGAGGCUCACCAGGGCACAAACGUGGAAUCAGUGAAACAGGAGAGAUGACACCAACACGGACAUACGGAGGCCAUAGCAGUGUGGAAAAUAGUCCUGACCAUGUAUACCGCAAUGUCCGUCAAACAUUGCGACCUCUCCCACAAGUCCCUUCGCCCAAUGCAACACCAGACAUGAGACGCCCAAGUCCUCAUCAUGUACGAGCCCAGACAGUCGAUCGUUUCCCUCAAACCUACUCCGAAGACCCGUUCGUCGCAGAGCAUCAUCCCGAGCAAGCUCAGCUAAAACCGCAUCUUCACCACGCUGUGACAAGUCCUCAUGCCAGCACUUUCAAAGCACCUGAUUUACAGGAAUUGCAAAAGUCGUCAACGACGCAUUUGAGAGCAUUGUCGAAAUUUGCCCAAAAUGGUGACGCUGAAGAGUUCGGAAUUGCGCGUCCUGGACAAUCCGUCGUCGGAUUACAGAAUCGAAGACAACUGAAGCGAACCGACUCUGCGGCAGUUGGUGGUCGGUCUACCGCCAAAAGCUACGGUUGGGGCGAGAGGAAUUGGAUGGACAAGCAACGCCAAUUCUUGCAAGCAUAUGAAUAUCUGUGCCACAUUGGCGAAGCCAAGGAAUGGAUUGAGGACAUCAUCAACAAACCAACCCCGCCGAUUGUUGAAUUAGAAGAAGCUUUGCGCGACGGAGUAACGUUGGCGGAGAUCGUUCAAGCAUUUCACCCGGACCAGACUCUGAGGAUUUUUCGCAAUCCGAAGUUGCAAUUCAAGCACUCUGACAACAUCGUCUUAUUCUUCCGCUUUCUCGAAGCUGUGGGGCUGCCCGACCUUUUUCGUUUCGAGUUGAUCGAUCUGUACGAGAAAAAGAAUAUUCCAAAGGUCAUCUACUGCAUUCACGCCUUGUCAUGGCUCCUCUAUCGCAAAGGUAUGGUGGAUUUUCGUAUUGGGAACCUGGUCGGCCAACUUGAGUUUGAGCAUCAUGAGCUGGAGCAAACCCAGCGGGGCCUGGACAAGGCCGGCGUUAGUAUGCCGAGCUUCUCAGGCAUGGGUGCCAGUUUUGGUGCUGAGCCCGAGCCUGAGCCGAUCGAAACAGAAGAUGAACGAAUAGAUCGAGAAUUGCAUGAGCAAGAGGCAAUCAUCCUGGACUUCCAAAACCAAAUCCGGGGCACAUUGGUCAGGUUGCGGCUGGGCGAUAUGAUGGAGCAACUCUGGGACUCUGAAGAUGCACUCAUCGACUUUCAGUCUCGUAUCCGGGGUGAUUGGGCCAGGCAAAUUGUUGGUUACCGUCUUGACAUGCAACGUUUCGCAACGAAGCUUCAAGCGGCAGCCCGAGGAUUCAUUUUACGGUCUAUCCAGCGAAGGAAAGAACAGCAAUGGAGGUCAAGCGAAAUGGAAGUCCUCAAACUCCAAAGCCUCUUCCGAGCUGGAAAGGCUCGAGCUGAUGCUCGCAUGUUGAAGUCCCAGGUUCGACAGCAUGAUGCGGGUAUUGGCAACCUGCAAGCCGCCAUUCGAGGAGCUCUCUCUAGGCGAGAUGCUUACGAUCAGUAUGAAGCCACUAGGACAGCCGAGAAGGAAGUCCUUCACCUAGAAGCAAACAUCAGAGGCAUGCUUACUCGAACCCAACUCCAAAGAGACCAUGCAAUUUUCGAAAGAUAUACCCCGGUCAUCACCAAAGUUCAAGCUGCAACACGGGGACUGCUGGCCAGAGUGUCCCAGGGUAUGGUUCGGCAGGCCCUCCACAAGUUCACACCAGCAUGGAUAGCGUUGCAAGCUGUAAUCCGAGCUGGACGUGUUCGACAGGAUAUCAGACAUCUAAAACAAGAUCUCAAAGCACACUCUGCAUCUAUCCGCAAGUUUCAAGCCAUUCUCAGGGGGGCGAAUACGAGAGAAGACCACAGCUCUUUGAAACUUGCUCUUCUCAGAGAGUCCACGGCUAGCAUUCCGUUGCAAGCUUCAAUCCGGGGCUUUGUGUUGCGAAUGCAUUUACAGAAGCAGCGAUCGCUUCUCGAUCGACACGCUCCGAAAGUGGUGUUGCUUCAGACACACUCUCGAGGUGGCUUGCUCCGAAUUCAAAUUGCGGACCUGCUGAGCAAACUGGAAGGGACUCAGGAAAUGGCGUUACAUCUACAAGCACUUAUCCGUGCCAUACUCUGCCGCAGCAAAGUGGCGGAUCUGCUAGGCGAGCUGGACGCCCACGACGGAAUCAUCACUGAAUUCCAAGCACGCAUGAGAGCAGCAGCAGUCCGCUCUCGGUUUGCAGAGAAGCAACGCUACUUCAAGGAGAAUAUGGAAAAGGUCGUCAAAAUCCAGAGUGUGGUGCGCGCAAAGAUCCAGGGCAAGGCUUACAAAAGCUUGACAUCCGGCAAAAACCCUCCUGUGGGCACUCUGAAAGGAUUUGUACACCUCUUGAAUGACAGUGAUUUCGAUUUUGACGAGGAAAUCGAGUUCGAGCGACUGCGCAAGACCGUGGUGCAGCACGUCCGACAGAAUGAGCUGGCAGAUCAGUACAUUACUCAGUUAGACAUCAAAAUUGCGCUGCUGGUCAAGAACAAGAUCACUUUGGACGAAGUGGUCAAGCACCAAAGACACUUCGGAGGCCAUGUGGGCGCCCUUCUUCCCAACUCCGACAUUGCCUCGAAGGAUCCAUUUGACUUGAAAGCCCUCAACAAGACAUCACGACGGAAGCUGGAGCACUACCAAGAGCUGUUCUUCUUACUCCAAACUCAGCCUCAAUACCUUUCGCGGCUAUUCCGACGUAUAAGAGAGCAAGCUACUGCGGAGAAAGAAUGUGACCGUAUCAAGCACCUGGUGAUGGGACUCUUCGGUUAUGCCCAGAAACGAAGAGAAGAAUACUAUCUGGUCAAGUUGAUAGUCAGGUCGGUUAAAGAAGAGGUCGAUUGCUCCGUUUCUCUUCAGGACUAUCUGAGGACAAAUUCCUUUUCCAACAAACUUUUUGCCGCAUACAGCAAAUCCCCUCGAGAUCGCAAGUUCUUGAGAGAUGUUCUGGGACCGCUGGUCAAAGAAAACAUCAUCGACAAUACUGCUCUCGAUCUUGAGAGUGAUCCACUGCAAAUCUACCUCUCUGCUAUUAACAAUGAGGAGCUCAGGACUGGUCGACGAAGCCCUCGAGAUCCCAACGUGCCCCGAGAAGUAGCCAUUCGAGAUCCGGAAACGAGAGCGACCUUCAUUGCACACAUGCAGGACCUUCGCGAUAUCACCGACCAAUUUUUCUUGUGCUUGGAAGACUGUUUACAUCGAAUGCCCUUUGGAGUCCGUUUUGUUGUGCAGCAGACCUACGAACAUCUUACGGCGAGGUUCCCGGGUGAAGAAGGGGAAUUUGUCCUUCAACUUGUCGGUCAAUGGCUGUGGCGCAACUAUCUUCAACCGGCCCUUCUGGAACCCGAAAAGUUUGGCGUCGCCGAUCGAGCCAUGACACAGGAACAGAAGCGCAACCUGGGCGAGAUUGCCAAAGUCCUGAAUCAAGCCGUGUUGGGUCGAGAAUUUGGAGGGGACAACGUGUAUCUCCAGCCGCUGAACAAGUAUAUUCGAGAAUCCAUCGGACGAUUUGCAGUGCUUUGGACUCACGUUAUUGCAAUCCCGCCGGCAGAGGAGCAUUAUGAUAUCGAUGAGUUCAACGACCUAUAUGCCAAGACGAAACCGACAUUGUACAUCAAGAUGGCGGAUAUUUUCUCGAUACAUAAGCUGUUGACUCAAGAAAUCAGUACCGUAUGUCCCAGCCAAGACGAUGUUCUUCGCGACACUCUUCGAGAACUGGGUAGCGUCCAGAGCAAUGAGAGCGAACUUAGAGCUGUCAGUUCCAGCGAAAUCAGUCUCACGUUGAAUCCCAAAUUGCUCCAUGCCGAAGACCCAGAUGCCGAGGUCAAGGCAUUAUUCACCGAGACAAAACGAUGCGUACUCUAUAUCAUCCGUGUUCAGUCAGGUGCCAGUCUUCUUGAGAUCCUUGUGAAGCCGAUAACCCCAGAGGAUGAAGACAAAUGGGAAGCCUUGGUGAGAGAUGAACUUCGAUCAGGUAACAGCCGCCGCGGCGCAUAUGCCGACGCCAGUACCCAUCUCGAUAUCAGCACGUUAUCCUACCCCAGUCUCAAACGCAUUGCGCUAGAGAAUGUCCUACAACUUGAAUCAAUAGGACGUUUGACUCGAACAAAUCACUAUCAAGACCUACUCAAUACCAUCGCUGUUGAUAUUCGAACCAAGCAUCGCCGAAGGCUGCAGCGUCAGAGAGAAUUAGAAAACGCGCGGACGACAUUGGCGCGUUUGAACGAGCAAGCUGUGUAUCUCGAGCAACAACUCAAGACCUACAAUGACUAUAUUGAGCAAGCAAUGGUGACGUUACAGAACAAGAAGGGCAAGAGACGAUUUUUGAUGCCGUUCACUAAGCAAUGGGACCACGAGAGAGAACUUCAACGUUCCGGUCGAUCGUUCAAAUUCGGAUCCUACAAAUACUCCGCACGAACCCUUGCAGACAAAGGAGUUCUCGUUCAUUGGCGUGGUUACAAUGAGCGACAAUGGGACCGAGUGGAUUUGACCUUUUCGUCGAACGAGGUCGGCGUAUUCACCAUCGACGGUAGCUCAGGCAACAUGAUGAUUCCAGGAGCGAAUGCGCAAGUACCGCUCGACGACCUCUUGCAAGCACAAUUCAACAAUACCCAAUUCAUGGAGUUCUUUGAGGGCGCACUUCGGGUCAACGUCAACUUAUUCCUGCAUUUGAUUAUGAAGAAAUUUUACAACGAAUGA